AUGCUCAACGCAAUAUUUCGUACCGUUGCAAUGGUAUUGCCGACCGUAGAAAACAUUCAGAAUUCUGAUGAUACGAAGACAUUCUAUGACUGUGCAGUGCGAAUUCUUAACGCUGAUCUGGAUGAAAUACAACAGUAUGGUAUCAUCAGGAGCGUCUGUCGUUUCUUCGAAUCCUGCUCUCCAUAUUUGAACGAAUAUGUUCUGGAUAACUGUUACAUUCAUCGACUUACUCUACCUUCUGCCGAGGCCCUUAAUAUCUUCGAACAGAUGCUAUCUAAGGUUGAGCUUAUUUUCUCGUCUGAUAAUCUGUCUCAAGAAACAGAGGAACAAACGUUUGAGACAGAUGCGCAUCCCAAAAGUCAAGUACACCUUUCAAAUACAAUGCGCUUGACGCACUUGUUGCCCGACCUGAUCAUAACUGUCGUCAAUAUAAUUCCAGAAAUUGAUUUUCUGCUUACUUCCGCUACGUCCGUGUCAGAGUCUCGUCCGCGCCCACAGGAAUCUGAUCGGGCAUUCCUUUUACUGGAGCGUCUGAUGAUCAGUGGAUUUGAGGCAUAUCCUAAGUGCGCGAUAUUACUUGCUCGGAAACUAGGCUGUGCUAUGUUCUUCGCCACUCAACAUUUUUCGGAGGCUCAUAAAAGCACUUUUGAGCACUUUAGAUCCCUCCUAAAUGAUGUUGUCUAUCAUUAUGUCCUACGGACUUGUUCCCAUUCCACAUUUGAUGUGAACGCUCUCGAGUCGUCCGAUACAGAAAAUGAACUGGAGGCUACCGAACCGGAGCAUCUAGUGAGUACCGGUGCAGAUAUCCCUGUCUCCGCAUCAGACAUGAAGAUUCAAGAAGAUCAGGGUUCAUCAGCUCCUCAGCAGUCCAGUGUUUCUUUUAGGGAUUAUAUUCCUCUUUGGAUUACGCUACUUGGGAUUACAUCAGAACUUAAUUUGCAGGUUGGUCUCUUUUAUCUUGCCAGAAAAGCUUUGUGA